AUGAAUUAAAAUUAUGAGAGUUAUGAUGAAAAUUUCCUAAUGAUUCAAAAACUCGAAGAACGUAAAAUUAAACAAAUUUUUUGUGACAAUCUUACUUUGUCCUCUCCUACAUUUACUAACUCUUAGCGUAAAUAAACAGAUAUUUAAUACAUUCAUAAAGAAAGAGCUAUUUUAGAUAUAAGAUUAACAAAUAUUAUAUAACUUGAUCUUUGUUAAUUCCAUUAUAUUGAAGUACCAUUAUUCGGUCAUAAAAAACCUCUUGUUAUUCGUAUAAUUAUUAAUUAAUAGUAGAUUUCUAAUUCACUGACUAAGCAAAAAUGAAAUUUUACAUUUCAUGUCAUACUAUAACUCCAAACAGAUUUAAUAAUGAAGAGUCUUUUGAAAGAAAACAAAUACUUCGAUAUACAGAAUAAGGUGAACAUCUAUCCUUCACAUAACGUUGUUUAUAUCUAGCUAUUUUUUCUUAAUAAGCUACAACUAUUUAUGCGAAGGCUUCUUUUGGUAUUAAACCAUAAUUACAAUAAAAAAUUGAAAAUGAAUCUAAAUUAAGACCUUCAACUGGUUAUCAAUUUACUAGAUCAUCAUAAUUUUUCUUUACAAAAAAACCAUCCAAAGAUAUGAUAUUACUUAACAAAAAUAUUGAAUAAUAUUAACCUAAUAAAAUUAAACUAUAACAGAGUUUAAGAAGAGUUCAAUCCGCUAGAAAAUUAUCAGAAACUUUACAUAAAAAAAAAUAAAUAUUUGAAGAAAAAAAAGAAACCUUAAGAGAACGAUUUGAGUUUUAAGAAAAGAAAAAAAUAAUUAAAGAAAUUAUACUAUAUAGAAAUAAUAUUGAUAACUUUUUAAAAUUUCAAUAAAAAUUAUGGUUAUAGAUUCUUUAUUUUAUUUAAAUGGUUUCCAUUAUAAAAAAAAGAUAUUAUGUAACAUAUUCAAUUAUUAUUAGGAUAAUAUUAAAUUUCAAUUUAAAUAAUCUAUAAAAAAAAGAAGGCAAUAUAGAGUUCGAUAAAUAUUAUAAAGGAAGUUACAAAAAUCUGGAAAAGACAUAUUUCAAAGAACAUUAUUUUAAGGACUUUUAAUUUUUAAAAUGUUGUCAAAAAUAAAAGAAAAAGGAGCAAAAAGAAAAGCCAAAAGAAUUGUCUAUACUUUUAUGCUUAGUUAUGGAUAAAUUGGUGAAAUAUUCUAAAAGACUUAUUAAUUUAAAAGAAGAAUGAGAAAAAUUAUAGAAGUGUAUAGAAAUUAUAGAAAAAAAGUAUAAGCAUAUGUCAAUAGAAUAAUAAUGUUAUGGAAUAAGUAUUGGAAUUCAAUUUAUAUGGAAAUAAAAAAGGAAGACCAAGAAAGUAAAAUAUUAUGAUUAUUUUAUAAUUUUAGAAGUAAAUGAAAUAAAACUUUAAAUGUAAAAAACUAUAAUUAAUUAUCAUGUUGAAGAAGAAAUAGUAAAAUAACCAUAUCUUGAUAUGUAUUUUCAUAUUUAAUAUUGUUAGAAAGGUUUAAAGUGUGAUAGUGAAUAAUUAUUAUAAAGAAAUAAAAAAUUUAUUUAUAAGGAAAUGGAGAGUACUGAAAAUUAAAAUAAAGUCAUCAAAGUUUUAAACUUUGUUGGCUACUUAAUCAUUUGAUAAGAAAAAUGAAUUAUUAUUAUUUACUAUUGUAGAUUAAAGUGUUUUAAAAUAAUUAAUCUAUAAAUAUAUGUAAGAAAGGGGGAUGAUAUAAAGUUUAUUAUUAAAGAAAAAUUGA